GGAGGAGUGGUGCUGCUAGGGGAAGGAAAAGGGAGGCAGCGCGAGAGAGCCGGGCAGAGUCCGAACCGACAGCCAGAAGCCCGCACGCACCUCGCACCAUGAGAUGGCGACGCGCCCCGCGCCGCUCCGGGCGUCCCGGCCCCCGGGCCCAGCGCCCUGGCCCCGCCGCCCGCUUGCCGCCGCCGCUGCCGCUGCUGCCACUACUGCUGCUGCUGGGGACCGCGGCCCUGGCGCCGGGGGCGGCGGCCGGCGACGAGGCGGCUCCCGCGGGGGCCUCGGUGUGCUACUCGUCCCCGCCCAGCGUGGGAUCGGUGCAGGAGCUAGCUCAGCGCGCCGCGGUGGUGAUCGAGGGAAAGGUGCACCCGCAGCGGCGGCAGCAGGGGGCACUCGACAGGAAGGCGGCGGCGGCGGCGGCGGCGGCGGGCGAGGCAGGGGCGUGGGGCGGCGAUCGCGAGCCGCCAGCCGCGGGCCCACGGGCGCUGGGGCCGCCCGCCGAGGAACUGCUGCUCGCCGCCAACGGGACCGUGCCCUCCUGGCCCACCGCCCCGGUGCCCAGCGCCGGCGAGCCCGGGGAGGAGGCGCCCUAUCUGGUGAAGGUGCACCAGGUGUGGGCGGUGAAAGCCGGGGGCUUGAAGAAGGACUCGCUGCUCACCGUGCGCCUGGGGACCUGGGGCCACCCCGCCUUCCCCUCCUGCGGGAGGCUCAAAGAGGACAGCAGGUACAUCUUCUUCAUGGAGCCCGACGCCAACAGCACUAGCCGCGCGCCGGCCGCCUUCCGAGCCUCUUUCCCCCCUCUGGAGACGGGCCGGAACCUCAAGAAGGAGGUCAGCCGGGUGCUGUGCAAGCGGUGCGCCUUGCCUCCCCGAUUGAAAGAGAUGAAAAGCCAGGAAUCGGCUGCAGGUUCCAAACUAGUCCUUCGGUGUGAAACCAGUUCUGAAUACUCCUCUCUCAGAUUCAAGUGGUUCAAGAAUGGGAAUGAAUUGAAUCGAAAAAACAAACCACAAAAUAUCAAGAUACAAAAAAAGCCAGGGAAGUCAGAACUUCGCAUUAACAAAGCAUCACUGGCUGAUUCUGGAGAGUAUAUGUGCAAAGUGAUCAGCAAAUUAGGAAAUGACAGUGCCUCUGCCAAUAUCACCAUCGUCGAAUCAAACGAGAUCAUCACUGGCAUGCCAGCCUCAACUGAAGGAGCAUAUGUGUCUUCAGAGUCUCCCAUUAGAAUAUCAGUAUCAACAGAAGGAGCAAAUACUUCUUCAUCUACAUCUACAUCCACCACUGGGACAAGCCAUCUUGUAAAAUGCGCGGAGAAGGAGAAAACUUUCUGUGUGAAUGGAGGCGAGUGCUUCAUGGUGAAAGACCUUUCAAACCCCUCGAGAUACUUGUGCAAGUGCCCAAAUGAGUUUACUGGUGAUCGCUGCCAAAACUACGUAAUGGCCAGCUUCUACAAGCAUCUUGGGAUUGAAUUUAUGGAGGCAGAGGAGCUGUACCAGAAGAGAGUGCUGACCAUAACCGGCAUCUGCAUCGCCCUCCUCGUGGUCGGCAUCAUGUGUGUGGUGGCCUACUGCAAAACCAAGAAACAGCGGAAAAAGCUUCAUGACCGUCUUCGGCAGAGCCUUCGGUCUGAACGAAACAAUAUGAUGAACAUUGCCAAUGGGCCUCACCAUCCUAACCCACCCCCCGAGAAUGUCCAGCUGGUGAAUCAAUACGUAUCUAAAAACGUCAUCUCCAGUGAGCAUAUUGUUGAGAGAGAAGCAGAGACAUCCUUUUCCACCAGUCACUAUACUUCCACAGCCCAUCACUCCACUACUGUCACCCAGACUCCUAGCCACAGCUGGAGCAAUGGACACACUGAAAGCAUCCUUUCCGAAAGCCACUCUGUAAUCGUGAUGUCAUCCGUAGAAAACAGUAGGCACAGCAGCCCAACUGGGGGCCCAAGAGGACGUCUUAAUGGCACAGGAGGCCCUCGUGAAUGUAACAGCUUCCUCAGGCAUGCCAGAGAAACCCCUGAUUCCUACCGAGACUCUCCUCAUAGUGAAAGGUAUGUGUCAGCCAUGACCACCCCGGCUCGUAUGUCACCUGUAGAUUUCCACACGCCAAGCUCCCCCAAAUCGCCCCCUUCGGAAAUGUCUCCACCUGUGUCCAGCAUGACGGUGUCCAUGCCUUCCAUGGUGGUCAGCCCCUUCGUGGAAGAAGAGAGACCUCUACUUCUUGUGACACCACCGAGGCUGCGGGAGAAGAAGUUUGACCAUCACCCUCAGCAGUUCAGCUCCUUCCACCACAACCCCGCGCAUGACAGUAACAGCCUCCCCGCUAGCCCCUUGAGGAUAGUGGAGGAUGAGGAGUAUGAAACGACCCAGGAGUACGAGCCAGCCCAAGAGCCUGUUAAGAAACUCGCCAAUAGCCGGCGGGCCAAAAGAACCAAGCCCAAUGGCCACAUUGCUAACAGAUUGGAAGUGGACAGCAACACAAGCUCCCAGAGCAGUAACUCAGAGAGUGAAACAGAAGAUGAAAGAGUAGGUGAAGAUACGCCUUUCCUGGGCAUACAGAACCCCCUGGCAGCCAGUCUUGAGGCAACACCUGCCUUCCGCCUGGCUGACAGCAGGACUAACCCAGCAGGCCGCUUCUCGACACAGGAAGAAAUCCAGGCCAGGCUGUCUAGUGUAAUUGCUAACCAAGACCCUAUUGCUGUAUAAAACCUAAAUAAACACAUAGAUUCACCUGUAAAACUUUAUUUUAUAUAAUAAAGUAUUCCACCUUAAAUUAAACAAUUUAUUUUAUUUUAGCAGUUCUGCAAAUAGAAAACAGGAAAAAAACUUUUAUAAAUUAAAUAUAUGUAUGUAAAAAUGUGUUAUGUGCCAUAUGUAGCAAUUUUUUACAGUAUUUCAAAAUGAGAAAGAUAUCAAUGGUGCCUUUAUGUUAUGUUAUGUCGAGAGCAAGUUUUGUACAGUUACAGUGAUUGCUUUUCCACGGUAUUUCGGCAAAACCUCUCAUAGAUUCAGUUUUUGCUGGCUUCUUGUGCAUUGCAUUAUGAUGUUGACUGGAUGUAUGAUUUGCAAGACUUGCAACUGUCCCUCUGUUUGCUUGUAGUAGCACCCGAUCAGUAUGUCUUGUAAUGGCACAUCCAUCCAGAUACUCCUCUCUUGUGUAUGAAGUUUUCUUUGCUUUCAGAAUAUGAAAUGAGUUGUGUCUACUCUGCCAGCCAAAGGUUUGCCUCAUUGGGCUCUGAGAUAAUAGUAGAUCCAAUAGCAUGCUACUAUUAAAUACAGCAAGAAACUGCAUUAAGUAAUGUUAAAUAUUAGGAAGAAAGUAAUACUGUGAUUUAAAAAAAAAAACUAUAUUAUUAAUCAGAAGACAGCUUGCUCUUACUAAAAGGAGCUCUCAUUUACUUUAUUUGAAUUUAUUUUUCUUGACAAAAAGCAACAGUUUUAGGGAUAGCUUAGAAAAUGGGUUCUGGCUUGCUAUCAGGGUAAAUCUAACACCUUACAAGAGGACUCAAUGUCAUUUUCUCUCUGGGGGAAUGAUCCAGCAGCUUAUCUAGUUGACGAUCAAACCACGGCUGACAAAGGUGCAAUCAUUUCUGACUUGUAUUUUUCACUGAUUUUGAAGCUAGUGAUUGGUUGUGUCUUCUUGACUCAAAAAGAAGCAUAUUACGGCACAAAAAGCCCAGCCCAGACAGCACAUGCAGCAUUUUGUCUGAAAUACUUCUAGAGUCAAACGUGCCUGCUGUACAUAGCGGUGACUUGUCAUCAUAGGGAAGUAUUUCCAUCAUAGAGUGUUCAGAAGGAGUGACUGUAUAGGUAGAGAGAAGCUUAGUGACUCAGUUGAAAUUUUAAAAUGUGGAUGACCACCCCUUUCUCCCCCUUAUUUUUCUUUUAUUUUUCCAUGUUGCCUUGAUCAGGUCAUAACUAUGCAUGAACAUUUUUUUAUCAGGAAUGGCCAAUGUGUAUGUGAUUUGUAAUCACAAGUAAUGAUUCAUCAGGAAAUGUCGAUCCUGUUGGAAAGAUUGCACCUUUACUUGCAGAAGUGACCCCCACCUGUGUCCUGAUCUCUCCAUUUACAGGCUCUCUCACCCAUUUCCCCCAUCUCCUUUAAUUUUUGCUUUACUGUCAUAAAGUAGGACUAAGAUUGGUCUAAGCAUUGCAUGUUCUCUUGUGAUGGUAAAUCCAAAGGAAGGCCUAUAAGUAUUAACAUUUGAAAUAACUGCUAAUUCAGGAAAAUGGAAGAAAAAAAAUUAUUUGAAACACAGAACCCAUUUCAUGGCCUGCCUGAUAUCUGUGAAAUCAGGGCUGGAGCUUUACUUAGGAUUCACGUGGCCUCCUAGGAACCAUGGGAUAAAUGGGAAACAGGUUAUCGGGGGGUUCAUGAAGUCAGUGAGAGUAAUUGCUUCUUUUUUGUGGGUGAACUGAAUGUAUUUCUUCACCAAAUCUUGAUGUUAACAAUUAAAAAGAAGAAAUGGCAUGCAAGUAGGUCCUAGCAGAAAAAUGCAGGCUGGGUAUGAGUCAUGUUGUUACGCUCCCACAUGCUCCUACAAUCCACAGAGAUGCCUGUCUGCAGGUUCUUGAAGUUACUGUUAGUAUUUGGUAUCUCAAAUUUUCCAUCACUGUUCACAUGCCACUUUCUCUGUGCUCAGUGGUAUCCUCAUUUGCUUUUUAACCUACGCUGAGGAGCCUUUGUCAAGUUGCACUGACUUUCCAAUUCUGCAGUAAUGAGUAAGCUCAUGGCAUGGAGAAGACAGUCAGUCCAAUGAAGUUCUCUAAAUUAUUUUAACAUGGCCUGUGAAGGCCUUGACUCAUCCUUAGCUAUUUCAAUAAAGAAAUUCCUACCAUGAAUUUAAAACCCUAAAAAUUCUGUUUCAAAUUCCUUGGGCAUUUGGGUACUCAGAUGUCCUAUCAUGGAAGAAUUUUAAGAAUAAAUAGAAGUUUCUGUUGAGAACCAUGAGCAACAUGUUUCUUAAAAUGAGAAUUGCUAUGCAUUUUUAAAUUGCAAAUAUAUAUGAAAAUUGAAGACAGGAGGAAAUUGUAUUUCUAACUUGAUUCUGAUCACUCACAGAGGUGGCAUAUUAUUAUAGUUGGGACGUCUUUUGCACCCUUGAUAAAAAAGGCCAACUGACUGUUCAGUGCCACCUGCCAAGGCCACUAGAUUUGUGUUUACAGGGAUAUCUCUGUGAUGCUUGUCACAUCACUGUCGACCACCUCUGUUAAUAAAUUCCGACAGUGCAGUGGUGAUCGGAGUGUGAACCUAUGUUCCCAGCAUAUGGCAAGCUAUCCUGGGUUUUAAGGUAGUAGAAAUUGCCCAGGAGUUUGACAGCAACUUUGUUUCCCGGGUCUAAAAUCGUAUCCCACUGAGGUGUAUGCAGUGGAGCAUAAUACAUGCAAAUACAUGCAAAACUCCUUUUGUUUCACCUAAGAUUCACUUUCUAUCUUACUUUCCCUUCCUGCCUAGUAUGACUUUUGCCCCCAAGAGUGCCUGGACAGCAUUCUAGUUUCCACAAAAUGGUCCUCUGUGUAGGUGAAUGUGUCCCAAACCUGCUAUCUCUUUCUUGUUUCAGUGUGACUGUCUUGUUAGAGGUGGAAUUUAUCCAGGGUAACUUGCUCAGUAACUAUUCCUUUUUAUGGCCUGGGGUUAAAGGGCGCAUGGCUCACAUUUGUGAAAAUAAGGAAGGCCUGGUCUUAUCUUGUAUUAAUAAUACUGGCUGCAUUCCACCAGCCAGAGAUUUCUAUCUGCGAAGACCUACGAAACACUGAAGAGAAAUGUAGGCAGAAGGAAAUGGCCACAUAUCACAAGUUCUAUUAUAUAUUCUUUUGUAAAUACAUAUUGUAUAUUACUUGGAUGUUUUCUUAUAUCAUUUACUGUCUUUAUGAGUUAAUGUCAGUUUUUACUCUCUCAACUUACUAUGUAACAUUGUAAAUAACAUAAUGUCCUUUAUUAUUUAUAUUUAAGCAUCUAACAUAUAGAGUUGUUUUCAUAUAAGUUUAAGAUAAAUGUCAAAAAUAUAUGUUCUUUUGUUUUUCUUUGCUUUAAAAUUAUAUAUCUUUUCCUUUUCUUUUUUUUAAGAAUAAUUUAUUGUUCAGGAGAAAGAAUGUAUAUGUAACUGAAACUAUCUGAAGAAUGCACAUUGAAGGCCGUGAGGUACUGAUAAACUAAAGAAUUUAUUAUUCAAAAUACUAAGCAAUAAGUAAUUGUGAUUUAUUUAAAGUUUUGUCCAUUUUCCAUGAAAGACAUACUGCAAUAAAAAUGCUACUCUGUGGAGACCUGGGAGUGUUGCUCAGCAGACUACAGCUUCAGUCUGUUAGACCAGCACCUUUCAUCUCAUUCCCAUAGUUGUGCUAAUUUAGGAUUGUGUUCCAUGGACCCCAUGAUCACCUUGUCUGUACGUUGCUUCUUGUCUGUCCAUUGCUUUUGCCACACCACCUGUUCUCAAAUCAUCUCCUCCCUACCAAUGCUGUUUAUCACUUUCUUCCUUGUUGAAAAGGCCACACAACCAGACAGUACUAUGCUUCCUUUUUCCUCCAUACACAGUAAGAGAGAGAAUAUUCUAGGGCAUGACUGCCUGGAUCCUUGCUGUUGCUAUGUUUUGUAGUGACAGUAAGAAACUCCUUCAGACUAAUGAAAAUGUCAACAUGCCAUUCAAUCAUGAAAGGCAACGAAAAAUGCUUUCAUGGUUCAAAUAGUCCAAUGGCCCAUAGUGGCCUAAAAGGCAGCCGGUUGACACCUGGCCGUGCUAAGCUUCCCUAUAGCAUCCGCUAAUUGACUUUCCAUUGGGCCCACAGUUUAUGGAUUCACAAUUUUUAAAAGAGGAGAAGGCCAAGUUGGGUUCAUUCCCCUUAUUCUGUCAAUAAAACAAAUCAAACUCAUGUGUAUCUGACUGCUCAGGGAGGAGCCUUUGCAUGAGAAAAUUCUCAUAUUCUCAGACUGAGUCAUCGAAAUGAGGGUAUUACUUUUCUUACUGCAGUUAACCUAAACAAAAGCCAUAUUUUAACAAAUAGAUAUUUGCGUGGUACCUUUCAUAUAUUUCAAGCAUUUCACUCAUUAUUCCAGGUAGGUUAAGAGCUUCUGAAGUGUAUGAAGUAAAGGUCAGCAAUCCUUUGGGGUGAACAGUGGCCUCCUUUGGAGUUUGGGGGUAACCUGAGACUUCCCACCAACGUCCACCUCCAUCUAUGUACCUAAUUCCUGUUACUUAGUUAUGGCUCCUCUAGGAUCAUUUCCAAACACUCUGGAUGUCCAGGAAAUUUAAAUUGUAGCUUUUGACUAAGCUAGUUUUUCCUAUUUAUAUUAAUAAAUUUUCAAAAA